UCAGAUGCUGAGUUUAAAACAUGAGUUGAAAGGGUGAAGGCUUUGCCAAGUGAAAUAAAGGAAAAUGUACAGAGAAUCAACAGUGAAGGGAAGGAAUCUAGGACUCAAAUCAGUGGUUUGGCCCAGAAGGAAGAAAGAAAUAUUCAACCAGAACAGAAUGAAGCAAAGAAUUCAAAAAAAUGAAGAGAGGCUUAGGAACCUCGGGGACCUAAGGGCAAAAAGACUCAAUGUAAGAAAGACGGCACCUGUCAGCUGUGCAUGAAGAGAGCUCAACACAGGGACAAUGGCAGCCAUCCCUCCAGCCCUUACCCAAAAGCCAAACAACUCAGUUUCUCCCUGUAUGUCUCGGAAACCUCCUGAGCCACUGUCUGUCCUCCGGAGCCCAAGAUGCAGGAAGGUUCUUCCAACGGCUACAGCUCCUGUGAUGGGAACCUGGCUACUUGGAGCACAGCUUCCUCUCCUGCUGCUGUUGGCUGGCCUGCAGAGACCCACGGCUGCUAUUAAAAUCAACUUUGACUUGGCACCAAAUUCCUUUGAUGAUCAAUACCAAGGCUGCAGCCAACAGGUCAUAGAGGAGCUAAGUCAAGGGGAUUAUUUCACAAAAGAACUAAAAGCCCGAAGGAAUUAUUCCAGGGUCUGGCAUAAUGCUCACCUAACCUGGCUGAGCCAAGAUAAAGCCCUCCCUGAGAACAUGACUAUCACACACGCUGUGGUCAUCUUGGUUUACACAUUGAACAACAAUGUUCGCUCUGACUUCGCCAGAGCCAUGGCCAGUGCUGCCAGGUCUCCGUGGCAGUAUAAACAUUCAUUCCGUUUCAAGUAUCUACACUACUACCUGACCUCAGCAAUCCAGCUGCUGAGGGAAAGGAUUAUAAUGAAGAAUGACUCUCUGUGUUAUGAGGUGUAUCAUGAGGCUGAUUUCUACUUGGAAGCCUAUAUAGGUGCCAUCCUUCGAUUUGGCCAAUUCCUCUCCACUUCCCUCUUAAGAAAAGAGGCACAGAAGUUUGGAAACCAUACUCUAUUUACCAUAUUGACCUGCCUGGGUGCACCUAUACAAGACUUCUCUCUCAAGGAGGAGGUCCUGGUCCCUCCCUAUGAGUUGUUUGAAGUUGUAAAAAUGAGCAACCACUCUAGAGGAAACUGGUUACAACUGCGGUCAACUGGGAAUCUGAGCACAUAUAACUGUCAGCUGCUAAAAGCUUCCAGCAAAAAAUGCACCCCUGCUCCUACAGUUACUGUUGUUCUCUCCAUUUUGAUCAACGUCAUCAUCUCUUCCAAAAGUGGAAUAUAAAGGAACCUUGCCAUCUUGA